ACGAAACCCAUGCUAGUGAUUAAUGCUAAUAUGUGCUAUCACGGGAAUUGUUUACACCAGGUAACAUGUGUAUUCCUUUGGAAUCGGUAGAAACCGAAUUCUUACGCUGAUUUAUGCUUUAAUUUAGGACAUCUACUACAUGGGUUAGAACUUCAACGCAACUAGAACAUAUUAAAGCUACUUAUAACCAUAAUUAGAUCUACAGUAAAUUCCCAAAUUAAUACCCGUGAAGGCGUGAUAGGAUCCUAACAUUUCCUAAGGUCACCAAAAUUGUAAGUUUGCGAGGAAUAUUGAAGAGAAAAGAUAUAAUAAAUUGUUUAUUUUAGCUUAAAGCUUACCGCACAACAAAAUCGGUUUGCUCACUGGAGUUGGAAACUUACCCACAACAUUCUUUAAGAAUUUUGUACGUGGGUUGUCGGAAUGGAAGGACAUCACAACCAAUCGACGUAUCAAUGCAAAUCAUGCGAUCGUCCAAAUUGGGCAGAUACGCAUAUGGUUGCAUGUGAUCAGUGCCGUCAAUGGGAGCACUUUAUUUGUGCCGGCGUGACUCAAGCCGUGCAAAGACGUCCAUACAUUUGUAAGCAGUGCCAGGAGGAAAAUGCAGCGUCCCUCCGAAUACUGCGGCCACGUUCAAGAGGUAACCAGUCCACUAAAACGUCUGAAGGGAGGCCAUCAAAGACGUCAGAGGUAAAAGUGUCUUCAGACAGAGGAAGUAAAGCGCAAUCGGCUAUCCGGAGCAACAGUACUAGGUCGUCGGCUGUACAGAAGCAGUUAGAACUGGCAGAGGAAGAGGCUAAACUAAAGGAACAAGAGCUCAAGGAGGAAGAAGAACUCCGACAACGCGAGCUCGAAGAAGCACAACGCCAGUUGGAGGAGAAGCGGAAGUUGCUGGACGAGGAGCUACGUUUGCGUCAGCUAAAGCUGGAAGUAGACAAAGCACAUUUGCUGAAACAGCAGCUUAUCCGCAGAGAGUCUUUGGAGAAGAGGACGGAGAUCAUGUUGCAGAUUUCGGAACGUGGUAGUGUAGUGACUUCCAUAGCAAGCUCACGAGAAAAAGUUACGGAAUGGUUGAAUGUUAAUCAACCUUAUGGGAAGACUGGUGGGAAGGAAUUGGAACCACAAGAUGGAAACAAUUCCAGAAUGGUCCCUCCGGCCCCAGAAGAGCUACUGCCCGAAGGAGUCUCUUCGAUGUCAGUGAAUGUACCCACUUGCCGUGGUACCCUUUCAUCUAUAUCUCAACCAACUCACUCAUGUACAGGAACAUCACCUCGGAAAACCACAAUCCCACCUCUAGAGAUACCAUCACUCAUCGUUAGAGAACCUUUUCGUCGAUACAUAUCAACCUCGGAACCUAUUCCUCGAGAAAAAUGGCCUCCUAUCGUACCAGAUCCGUAUCACUCGCCGGUCUGUGGUCAACGCACUCAACACGAUGAUAAUCCAGUUUCCAUGACAUCGUCACCGCGUCGCAGUCCAUGGAACACCCCCUUACGACAUAGUUCUCCGGUGGUCUCCGAACCAGUUGUUCCUCAACAUACAUCUCCAAUGUUUCAUCAACAUUCGAGAGAAGAUGGACAUCGGGAUUAUCCGAGCCCUAACCAUGGAAUCAGUUACAAUGGAGAGGUUUACAAUCGGACCCCACGACAGCAAAGUCCACCGAGAGUUAGAAAUCCUCCUUUUCCACGUGGUCCACCGUCGGUACGUUAUCCACGGACUUUGAUCAACCCGCCGAUACCACGUGAUCCUCCGAUACCACGUGAUCCUCCGAUACCACAAGAUCCUCCGAUGCCACGUGAUCCACCAGGUGCUCUUAGUUCUCAGCAAAUAGCUGCCCGACAAGUGGUCGGAAAGGAUUUACCCACUUUCAACGGAAACCCCGUGGACUGGCCGAUGUUCAUCAGCAGUUUUGAACAGUCUACGAUUAGUUGUGGAUACUCCAAUGCUGAAAACCUCGUUCGUCUACAACGGUGUCUCGUUGGACAUGCUCGAGAUGCAGUACGAAGCAGACUUCUGCUGCCAGCCAGCGUGCCACAAGUAAUGAACACUCUACGAACACUUUAUGGACGCCCGGAACUACUCAUCAGGUCUCUGCUCGAAACUAUCCGCAGGACACCAGGCCCUAGACAUGACCGGCCCGAAUCGAUCCUCGAAUUUGGACUGGCAGUUCAAAACUUUGUUGAUCAUCUCCAAGCAGCGCAGCAAGUAGACCAUCUUUCGAACCCGAUGCUCAUGCAGGAACUGGUAGAGAAGUUGCCAGGACCAAUGAGGAUGGAUUGGGCUGCAUUUAAGAGCCAACGACUUCGAGUAACUGUUCUGACGUUUGGGGAGUUCAUGGAAAGAUUGGUAAAGGCGGCCAGCGAAGUGAGUUUCGAGCUUCCUGGGUAUCAGAAAAUCCCGAGAAAUGAGAAGCAGCGGUCAAAGGAGAGGGCAAUGGUUCAAACCCACUCUUCCGGUAAUUCUGCCGGCUUCAAGCAGCUCAGUGCAACCGGAAAUCCACGCAAAUCAGCUCGAACAUGCUGUUCUUGUAGUCAUGAAGGCCAUAAGAUAGCCGAAUGUGUAAAAUUCAAGCAGCUAGGUAUGGAGGAACGAUGGAAACUAGUAACGGACAAAGGCUUGUGCAGGACGUGCUUGAACAACCACGGAAAAUGGCCGUGCAAGUCAUGGAAAGGAUGUGGAAUAGAAGGGUGCCGUUUGAAACAUCACACACUCCUCCACUCCAAUUCCAAUCCCGCCUCGUCAUCGCAUUCCGUGAACAUUUCGUCGAAUCAACUCUCAUCUAACGAACAUCAACCACUAUUCCGGAUUCUACCGGUAGUUUUAUACGGAAAGGAGAAAAGCAUAACUAUUUUCGCGUUCAUCGACGUAGGCUCACAAAUCACUCUUCUGGAGGAAAACGUUGCGAAGGACCUUGGCGUUGUGGGCCCUACGAAACCACUCACCCUACAGUGGACAGGAAACAUGACACGCAAGGAGCCGCGGUCUCAGCAAAUCAACUUUGAGAUAGCGGGGAAAAACAGUAGUGCUCGUUACGAUCUUUGCCAGGCACGUACAGUGAGCUGUCUGGUUCUACCUUCUCAACGCCUGAACUACCGUGACAUGAGUCAACGAUUUCCUUACCUCAAAGGCCUGCCACUAGAGGAUCACGAUCUAGUCCAACCAAAAUUACUGAUCGGACUAGACAAUCUUCGACUUGGAGUUCCACUGAAACUACGCGAGGGAGGUCCCCAGGAUCCAAUAGCCGCUAAGUGUCGUCUCGGCUGGGGAAUAUAUGGGUGUUCAUCAAAGCAAUCAGCACCAAGGGCUUCAGUCAACUUCCACACUGCUGCUGCGCCCGAUGCGGACUACAUGCUGAACGAACAACUGAGAGAUUUCUUCACGAUGGAAAACUGUGGAGUAUCCACUACCUCAGAAAAACUAGAAUCUGAGGAUAACAGGAGAGCAAGAAGAUUGCUCGACGAGACCACACGGCGUACAUCAUGCGGAUUUGAAACGGGUUUACUGUGGAAAGUCGACGCACGAGAGUUCCCGGAUACCUAUCCCAUGGCCAUCCGUCGAAUGAAGUCCUUGGAAAAGAAGCUGCAGAAAGAACCAUCAUUGAUGCAGCGAGUUCAGGAGCAGAUAACGGAAUUCGAGUGUAAAGGAUACAUCCACAAGGCCAGUGCAACAGAAAUUGCUGAAAUAGACUCGCGAAACACUUGGUUCCUUCCGCUAGGUGUAGUCAUCAGCCCGAAAAAACCAGGAAAGAUCCGGCUCAUUUGGGAUGCUGCUGCGAAAGUCGAUGGGACUUCGUUCAACUCACACCUUUUGAAAGGCCCGGACCUCCUCACUUCUCUGCCUAAGGUCUUGAGUGGUUUUCGCUUGUUUCCGGUUGCUGCAUCCGGAGAUAUCAGGGAGAUGUUUCUGCAAAUCAAGCUACAAUCUAAGGAUCGCAAAGCGCAGAUGUUUGUAUUCCGCAACAGUCCUGAUCAACCAUUGCAAAUCUACGUCAUCAACGUUACUAUGUUUGGGUCCACUUGUUCUCCAGCUUCAGCACAGUUCGUGAAGAACUUGAACGCUGAAGAAUUCGCUCAGCAGUAUCCCCGUGCAGCUUCCGCCAUCAAGGACCAUCACUACGUGGACGACUACUUGGACAGCUUCAGGUCGAUCCACGAAGCGAUCGAAGUGGUAAACGAAGUGAAGCUUGUCCAUUCAAAAGGUGGAUUCGAAAUACGAAAUUUCCUAUCCAAUGAAGAAGAAGUGCUGAGGGAAAUCGGAGUAGCGGAUGCAGAAGUCUCGAAGGAUCUCUCUCUUAUACGGGCGGAAACAACUGAAUCCGUGCUCGGCAUGAGGUGGAUUCCCAAAGAAGACGUCUUCACCUAUACCUUUGCAAUGCGAAAUGACUUGCAACCAAUCCUCAACGAAGCCCACAUCCCAACAAAACGCGAAGUACUGAAAGUCGUCAUGAGUUUAUUUGAUCCAAUGGGUUUUGUAUCGUACUUCCUAGUGCAUGGAAAGGUGCUGAUGCAGAACAUCUGGGCAACAGGAAUCGAUUGGGAUGAAGCGGUGAACGAGGAACUGUACGAUCGUUGGCGACAUUGGAUUGGUUAUUUUCCCCAGCUGGAUACCUUGCGAAUUCCACGGUGCUACUUUCAAACGCCAUUUCCGGACAAUUUCGAUCAGCUAGAGCUCCAUGUAUUCGUCGAUGCCAGUGAUUCUGCCUACGCUUGUGUAGCGUACUACCGGCUUCCAACUCAAUCCGGCAUACAGGUGGCCUUCAUUAGCGCAAAGACGAAGGUUGCACCUCUCAAGGUUCUUUCAAUCCCUCGUCUAGAAUUGAAGGCUGCUGUCCUUGGAAUCAACCUUCUUGAGGCUAUCCAAGGUUAUCACACCUAUCCCAUAAGUCAACGAGUUUUUUGGAGUGACUCCAGUACAGUACUAGCCUGGAUUCGAUCAGACCACCGUCGUUACAACAAAUUCGUUGCCGUUCGCAUCGGUGAAAUUCUCACAGCAACUGAUGCACGCGAGUGGCGAUGGGUCCCCUCUGAAAUGAACACUGCCGACCUCGCUACCAAAUGGAAGAAUGGCCCCAACUUCCUACCAACUAAUCCAUGGUUUUGUGGUCCGGCGUUUCUUCACCAACCUGAGGAAUGCUGGCCUCAACCAUCCCAGGCCAGUCCAACUAAAGAAGAACUUCGAUCAAGUCACACUCAUUACACAGCUCCUCAGUUAAUUGACGUAUCCAGAUUCAGCCGGUGGACGACGCUACAGCGAACAAUGGCUUUCGUGUUCCGAUUCAUCAACAACCUGCGCCGUAAAAGAUGUGGAUCCAAGCUGGAACUGGGCGUCUUCGAUCAGCACGAAUUAAAACGUUCAGAAGAAGCACUAUGGAAGGUAGCCCAAGCUGAAGCCUUCCCAGAAGAAAUCACCAUUCUUUCUGGGUCACAAGGGUCUCCCGAAGCGCGACACGACCGUGUUGCCAAUUCAAGUUCGAUCUACAAGAACUGGCCAUAUCUCGACGAGCGUGGGAUACUUCGGAUGCGUGGUCGAAUCGGUGUCGCAUCCUUUGCACCGACCGAAGCUAAGUACCCCGCCAUCCUUCCCAGGCAACACCUAAUUACGUUUCUUCUUACAGACUGGUACCACCGCCGUUUCCGCCACGCCAACCGAGAGACCGUAACCAACGAAAUGCGUCAACGUUUCGAAAUCGCCAAGCUUCGUGCUCUGAUUGCGAAGGUGUCGAAGACCUGCAUGAUUUGUCGACUGAGAAAAGCCAUGCCCAGUCCUCCCGCAAUGUCACCGCUUCCGAAAGCCAGGCUACAACCGUUCGUCCGACCAUUUACCUACGUCGGAUUGGAUUACUUCGGACCUGUAAUGGUGAAAGUAGGUAGAAGUCAGGUGAAAAGAUGGGUAGCCCUAUUUACCUGCCUCACUAUUCGUGCCGUGCACUUGGAGGUCGUGCACAGUUUAUCGACGGAAUCGUGCAUCAUGGCAGUGCGCCGUUUCAUCGCACGUCGUGGUUCCCCUGCUGAGUUCUACUCGGACAACGGAACAUGUUUUCAAGGCGCUAGCAGAGAGCUAAAAAGGGAAGAAGUACAGGCAAGGAACAACGCUCUAGCUACUACGUUCACGAAUGCGAAUACUCAAUGGAGAUUCAUUCCACCAGCGGCUCCACAUAUGGGUGGAGCGUGGGAGCGUCUAGUUCGAUCGGUGAAAGUGGCAAUGGGAGCCGUAGCUGACGCUCCUCGCAGACCAAGUGAUGAAGUCCUGGAAACGAUUCUCGUAGAAACCGAAGCGAUGAUCAACACGCGACCGCUCACCUACAUCCCACUCGAAUCGGCAGACCAAGAAGCUCUAACGCCUAACCACUUUCUGCUGGGAUCUUCCAAUGGUGACAAGAUCCGGCCGAACGAACCUAUUAAUAGCCCGGCGGUCCUGCGUAGCAGUUGGAAGCUAGCACAGGCCAUCACCAACGAGUUCUGGUCAAGAUGGGUGAAGGAGUAUCUGCCAGUGAUAACACGAAGAGGAAAAUGGUUCGAAGAAGUUCGGGACAUAGCAAUCGGUGAUCUGGUGUUGGUAGUGAGUGGAACGGUGAGGGACCAGUGGACUCGAGGACGAGUGGAAGAAGUUAUUCCUGGACGGGAUGGACGAGUCCGUCAGGCCCUAGUCCGGACAGCAUCUGGAGUACUGCGACGACCAGCAGUGAAACUAGCGGUUCUCGACGUUUCGGAGAGUAGUAAACCUGAUCAAGGAGAUCCAGUGCAUCAGGAGCAUCACCAGGGUUUACGGGUGGCGGAAUGUCACGACGAGACCCCCCGUCGCAACUCAACUGUGGCCGGCAGAGACAGACCGAUCUACAAUGGCCUGUCGGACGAUCCUCUGGCAACGACGGGACAAAGGAGAAAAACGUAA